GUUGCAUUACAAAAUAUAACUUAUAAUGACUAACUGUUUAUGUUUCUUUCUGUUUCAGGUUCUGGGUCUGAUAUGUCUCUCUCUGAUAGCUCAUUACUGUCAAUUUUUUCAUCCUCUCACAGGAAAAUCACUGGGAGUUCUAUGUAGUAAAAGUGAUGCGUUUUUCCUUCUUGUUACAUACGGGUUCUUUUUCACCUCCCUCGUCAUCCUCAUCUGCAGCACUGUAUCUUAUUUCACGGCAUCAUUUUUACCAAAAACUACCUUUGAAUUUGCUUAUCAUCUUCUAGCCUGUUUCAUGUAUUUGUCUUCUAGUCUUACACUUCUUAUCGGGAUAGUUAUCGAGAAAGGAGAUUUUAAGGAUCCUGCUUACGAAGCUAAAAUUGCAGCUUCGGUCUUAGGUCUAAUCAACAGUGUACUCUAUGGUAUCAGCACCUAUUUUUCUUUCAUAGCCCAGAUACAGAUGGGAUAAAAAGAACUAUCUGUAAACUGAAGCAUGGAUUACAUUUUACUAUUCAAACUAAGUUCAUAAAUUGAACUUUUGUAUAUUAUAAGCUUGCACACAGUGAAGAUAUCACCAAGUCUUAAAAUAAUCUGGAAAACUUAAAUGGUCUGAAUGCUAUGUUGGUAAAACAAUAAUUUGAAAUUUCAAAAACUCUUAAUUUUUCAAAUGUAAGGAUAUGUUAUGUCAUAUUUUAUGUAAAGGAUAUUAAUUUCAUUUUUAAAUGAUGCCAAGUUGAACUUCGUCUAAAAAGUUAGGCAAACACUCAAAAUUUCCAUUUUGAUGAAGAUAUUUGCUAAAAACAUAUUAGUCCAUUCUGAAGGCUAAUCAAGUAUUAACUAUUAUUAAUACAAACAAUAAAAAUAUUAUAAUUAUAGUUAUGCAAUUCAACUCAGAUAAUAAAAACAGUUGCAUAAUUUUAAAACAGCUUUUCUUAACACUUUGUAAGAAUCAGAAGAAAGGUUUUUAAAUUAAGGGAAACAUUAAUAAACUGCAGCAGUUCGCAAAUAUUUUUUGGAAUGUAGUUGUAAAAAUUUGAACUUAAUUUCAUUAAACUAGUCUCUUACUAAAAAUGUGUUCAUAAUAGUUUAUUUGUAAUUUCAAUAAGUCUCUCUCUUUCUCAAAGCCUUUAACUAAAUAAUGUUAGACGUUCUUAUAAUACUGUGAAACCUCUAGGAAAGAACACCUCUAUGUAGCGACCUCCUCUAUUUACGACCACUUUUGGGAGGAAUGGAAUUUUUUCCGUAGACUUUGUUGUGAAGAAAACCUUCUACCAAACCUGCUACCAAAACCUCUGCAACAACAAACCUUUUUCUCUACCAUGUCGAUUUUCGCCACGUAUUAUGCAAAAGAGUGCUUUUUACAUUGUUCUAUUCAACGUUUUCCCAAUUCAUUCAACCACAAUCUAGUUCGGCGUACCAUCAGUCCAUAACGUAUGAAAGCGCCAAUUACUUUGCAUGUUUGAUGAAAUACUUGCGAGUUCGCAUGCGCGUCUACUGAGCUGGGUGCGGUGAGAUUAUUGCACUCUCAUGUGCUACUUUGCUGUAUUUUGCCAGAUAUUCUUAAUUUCAGGCUUCAUCUUCCAGCCUCUGAUAUCAAACCAAAAAAUCUCUUGAUCAUUUUAUAAUGGCUAAUAUAAGCAAGAAAAGAGUUCUUUGUCAGUAACUAGCUAUUUUAUCAAGAUCAUGUAAAAGAAAAUAAUUUUGCAUUUUGUUAAUGUAUAUAGUACUUAAAAGGCGCUUAUUUUUUGUUGAAAGCUUUGGCUACGCACUGGUAGUAAGAAUUUCGAGAUAGUUAGUAUAAGUCAGAGCUCCGC